AUGGACAACAACGACAUCUUCUUCGACGACCCAAGCCCUCCCUCAGGCAGAGGCCAGCCCUACAAAUACACCAAGCCCGCCGACGACUUCCGCCCGCUCCCUCCCUCCAGCACCGCCGUCCUCUAUCUGGCCAUCAUCACGCCACACACAGACAAAUACGAGAUCCACGGCCCCGCGCCCUCAUUCUCACACCUCCUCCCCAAAAUCGCAGAGCUCUGCUCCGACUCGCCGCCCGCGCUCGACAAGCUCGAAGACCUGCAGUACACGGCGGCAGACGUGUGGGACGAGCGCGUCGCGAAGCCGCACUUCGCGGAGCAAGGGUUCACUACGUUUGUCGUUGAGGGUCAGCGCGGGACGUACACUGUGCUCGAGGUCCUGCGUGAGGAGAACGGCAGAGUGCGCGACGUCCUCCCCGCGCCGGUCUACACGGUCACGCGCCACGGGCCGCUUGUGCAUACGUACACGGGCGUAGGUAUGAAGAUGAAACUCGAUGUUGCCAAGGGCAUGGCGGCGACGAGUACACUAGUGGGUAGCUAUGUGGAAAGGAAGGAUGCGCAGCUUGCGGCGAGGAUGACGAUGGAGUUGCUGGUGGGUGAGGAGAAGGUUAGUGCGAUUGAGGACUGGGCGGCGGGUGGCGGUGGCGGCGUAUUGCUUGCGAUGGGGGUGGGGAGGAGGUGGGAGGUUAGGGUGCAGUAUGAGGAUGAGGCACUCAGACGGGCGAGGAAGGGCGCGGAUGCGGAGGGUGCGGGGGUGGGAUGGCGGUUCUGA